UCUAUUGUUAAUGUCCGGCUCAAAUAUGGUAUAGAGUAAACAUUGAUAGCAAGAUUACAUAAGUAAUUAAGAUAUUUUUUAGUCAUACACGUCACCUAUGACCCCACCUAUUUUCUGUCAAUUAGACUAAAGUUGUCAUGGUUUUUGAUUAAAUGAUAAUUUUGAUUGGACAACCUGAAACAGUCCCCAAAUUCGAAUCUAAAAAGUUAAUUCCAAAAAGCGUCACUUUUACAUGCGCUCUUUGGUAAUAAAGACAUAAAACUAUUUCAAGUUUUAUUGAAUAUUGUUUCAGGUAAGCAAAGUUAAUUUAAUUUUGUUAAAUAUGAUUUAAAGCAUUCAGUUUAAAGGUUUUCAUUACCUAAAAGUAACUUCUGAUAAAGUUAUUAAUUUGCUCAUGCUUUAUUCUUUUUGAAGAGAAAUAGAAUUUAAUUUUCCUUUUUGUAAAAUCUUCAUGUUUAGCAUUUUCAUAGUUAUUUUAUUUAAUAAGAGUUUUCAUCUUUUAUUAUCUUAUAAAGGAGUUAAUUAUAAAGAUAUUUUCUUUAUGCUAUAAUUGUAAAUAGUUGUAAAUUAUGUUUUUUAUAAGAAAAGUCUUUGUUUCUGAUCGAAAAAUUGGUAUACUUAUUUUAUCUGUUUUUAUAGUUAUUUAUAACAUCCGCCUGUUUUGUCGCACUGACAAGAAAUAAUAAUUCACCUUAAAGUUACUAUUGCAUUGAAGUUAUAAUGUUUCCAAUGGCCUUGGCUCCAGACAUCAUAAGUCGUCAAGGUGUAGACCCCGUUGGUACAAGACCAAUUCCAAGCAUACUACCCAGAAACCCAAUUCUGACAACUGGUUGGAGGACUAAAAGAUCCCAAAGAUUUAACGUAUGUACUGGUUGAGAUCAAAGAACAUCAAUAUGCCUGCACCAAAUAAUGCUACCACUAAUGCCACAGACAAUGAACAACUGGAAGAGAUAGUCAACACAGCCCCAUUACCAACAGCCACAGCAGGUACCUCAUCUAACACUGUGAACACUGGGCCACACAUAAUACCACCACCACCAGGUUUUGCUAGUAACCAUGGUCACAGAUACCAUGUGAAUUUCGAGUCGUUUAGUGGUAGGGGCAAUGCCACAGAAUUCUGGGCCAUGUUUAUGGCAUUUGUAACAUUACAGGGCAUGCCUGAGGUGUCAGCCAUCUUGAUUCUCCCGUUCCACCUGACAGGCAUAGCCAGGGAAUGGUUUAAUGUCUUGGACAAUAAGUAUAAAGUAUCGUUAACAUCGAUUAAAGAAGCAUUCCUGAAAAGAUUUAAGCCACUCAUCAAGAGAGGUGUUAAACUCACAGACUUAAAACAAGGAGAUACAGAAUCUGUUGAUGAUUACAUACAUAGAGCUAUGUCAUUCAACAGCGAAAAUAGUGUUUCUGAGGAUUUCCUGGUCAGUAUAACAGAAAAAGGUUUCAGAAAGAACUUGGCCCAUAUCAUUAUGCCACAUAGAUCGCAGACCAUGGAGCAACUCAGAGAAAUUGCUGCUGUAGCUGAGGUUACUGUUUCCGUCACAGCACAACCUCAGUCACCAACAGACCUCACUGCCACCAUCAACCACGCCGUUCAAUCUGCAGUCCAAUCCUGCGAAGCCAAUCAAGCAAAUCUUCUAACUGCCCUGCUGUCCAGAAUGGAGACCACACUGUCUGCAGUUAACAGACCAGAACAACACAGAGUGAGAUUCAAUGACAGACAUCAACCAAACAGUCAACAUGGUCAAAGUUCUAAAGAAUGCAAAUUUUGUGGAGGUAAAUUCAUAGCUAGUUGGCAUGGGCUGAUGUACUUUCUAAUGGUGGUCCUGUGUUUUGUUCAAGUGGGUGCUGAUUAUACUGUAGAAAAAGACAUAAUCCAAAGAAUAAACUAUGGGGUCAUCUACAAAGAAGAGGCAAACCUGUUUUUAGCCAAAGAAUCAUGGCUUCAUACAUUUAAGGUUCAAAUUCCCCAGAACAUUCGUUUAUCAGAAGAGUUACCUUUGUGUCAAAACAAAGACAUGUUCAUGAUUGUAAUACAUUUAACGCAAUGAUUCAUUUUAUAAGUCAUUUACAUAAAACUACAGAAAUGCACUUAUUAGAU